AAUAUGACCCAUUGAAGACCGACCCCCAACCCGUCAACAACCAAAUAAAGGAAGUCGAAGGAAAGAAGAGUAUAAUUCCAGUUUUCACUUCCAAAGCUCUCAAGUCUCAACCAUGUCAAUAUCCAUUCCCAACCUCUUCUCCCCACCCAAAUGUCGAAACUAUCCUCACCCACCUCUCAAAAUUACCACUUUACUUGGUGGGAACAGAAACACUAAUCAAACCCUCCAAUUCAAUUCCUCAACACCAAACUCUUCAUUUACACAGCGGUUUGGUUUUUGCCAUUCAAGGGCAAAAUUGGGAUUUUGCGUGAGAGCCCAAAAUGUGGGAGGAGAGAGAAAGAGUAUCGAGCAGGAGAAAGAGGAUAAAGCGUUGGAAGAAUUGAGGGGGAAGAGUACAAUGCCUGAUAGAUUCAAAUAUUUGACUAAGGAAGUUCCUUCACCCCCUCUGCGUUGGCCUUGGUUAAUAGCGCUGCCUUUCCUCAUCUAUGCAUGGAGGUUAGUCUUGUGGGAACUAUCCAAUUGGCGAAAUCUCUUUUUCGGCAUUUUUCCAUUUGUUGGAUACAUAUUGAAACUCAUCUUGGCUCUCAUAUACCGUUUCAUAGGUGAUCCAAUCACUUACACAGUUCUCUAUGUUGAGACUGCAGUUCAUGCCACCCGUUCCUUGUACUCCAGUAUAGUGACAUCUGCUCCAAUACCAGAAUUAACCUUCAUCAUUAUGCUUUCUUUGACUGUACUUGCUAUUGGAGAAGCAGCUUCUCCAAACUCAAUAAAGUGCCAACCCUAUCUUCUUACUGCAGCUGGACUCAUCGGUUAUGGGGCAGUGAGAGGUGUCAUCAUUGAACCACUCUUCUGGUUGAUGCUUGUUGGACUCUUUAGCUUUUCCCGGUUUUUUAAGAAAAGGGAUUAUGUUUCUUCUGCAUUACCUAUUGCAACUGUACUGGCCUCUGUUGGUGAGCCAUGGGUAAGAGUUUUAGCAAUCAUCUCAUUUACAGCAUUGGCUAUUCAUCACCAUUCUAAGGAACUUGCUGAAGGAAAUGCAAAAGGUGAAGUCACUUCCUCUAGUGGGAAUAUUCCACUUCCUUUGCUGGGUGUUGCAUUAGCCAUUGGAAUCCGUGUUGCUGCUAAGUGGGCUGGUUAUCGCCAUUUGACAUGGAUGAUUGUAUAGUUAAAUAACAAAAAGUUUCAACCUCCUGAGCUCACUUGCAGAAUUCCAUACUCAUGGUUUUUCGAAGUAAUGUGCUUCAUUGACUUGUCCGGAGUACAAUGGUGCUGCCACUUUUUCUGGAGAUUACAGUCUUGAUCAUUCCCUCUGGCUAUAUUACGACUUUACAUGAUUACCCUUACGCUUUAGUUUUACUAAGCACAAGAAGAAAUAGAGACGUCUUGAUCGAAGGGGAAUCGAUCCUUGAUUAUUGCAAGCUAGGAAAUAUGAUAAUAUUCAUACUAAGAAAGAAUAUUUGCCUUUCCGUCUUUCGCUCAAACUGUUGUAUUUUUGGCUGUCAAACUACCUUGGCAUGGUUUGUCAGAGAUAUGCGUGUAAGAAGAUCAACUUUUUCACAACUUACAAUAGUUCAACCAGGUUAUGUGAAGAAUGGCUAACUAGGUAAGUACCAAUCCAUGUAGGUGGUACGCUAUCAACACUUUACUAGUAAUAUUAUGUUUGCAAAUGUGCGUAAACUA